UCCCUGUUCCUGUAGAGACUUCGCUGCUUUGCUCGCAGACCUAUGUGACGGCGGUGGAAGGACCAUGACUGAGGUCCUCCUCUCGGCUGCCCUGAACGGAUCCGGACCCGACCCGCUCUCCAGCGGCGGCUGGGCGGCGGGAAAUGCCACCGCCAAGUGCUCCCUGACCAAGACUGGCUUCCAGUUCUACUACCUGCCCACCGUCUACAUCCUCGUCUUCAUCACGGGAUUUCUGGGCAACAGCGUGGCAAUCUGGAUGUUUGUCUUCCACAUGAGGCCUUGGAGCGGCAUCUCGGUUUACAUGUUCAACUUGGCACUAGCUGAUUUUUUGUACGUCUUGACUCUGCCUGCCCUCAUCUUUUAUUACUUCAACAAAACAGACUGGAUCUUUGGAGAUAUCAUGUGCAAGCUGCAGAGGUUCAUUUUCCACGUGAACCUUUACGGCAGCAUCCUGUUUCUGACUUGCAUAAGCGUGCACAGGUACACGGGGGUGGUGCAUCCCCUGAAGUCGCUGGGGAGGCUGAAGAAGAAGAACGCCGUUUACAUCAGCGCCCUGGUGUGGGUCAUCGUUGCGGCCGUCAUCUCUCCCAUUCUCUUCUACUCGGGAACGGGGAUACGGAGGAAUAAAACCGUCACGUGCUACGACACCACCGCGGACGAUUACCUGAGAAGCUACUUCGUUUACAGCAUGUGCACCACCGUGUUUAUGUUUUGCAUCCCUUUCAUACUGAUUCUCGGCUGUUAUGGGCUGAUAGUGAAAGCUUUGAUUUACAAAGAUUUGGACAACUCUCCUCUGCGGAGGAAGUCAAUUUACCUGGUUAUUAUUGUGUUGACGGUCUUUGCCGUGUCUUACCUUCCCUACCAUGUGAUGAAGACCUUGAACCUAAGAGCCAGGGUGGAUUUUCAGACUCCCCAGAUGUGUGCCUUCAACGACAAGGUUUAUGCCACCUACCAGGUGACGAGAGGUCUAGCCAGCCUCAACAGCUGUGUAGACCCCAUUCUUUAUUUUCUGGCAGGCGACACCUUUCGAAGGCGGCUUUCCAGGGCCACCAGGAAAUCGUCGAGAAGAAGCGAGCUCCACGUGCAGUCCAAAAGCGAGGAAAUGACUCUCAAUAUUUUAUCAGAGUAUAAGCAGAACGGAGACACGAGCUUGUGAAGGAAUGCCACGGACUGGGGAGCACCUCGGAAAAAUCCUCCGCUCUGACGCUGUAGUGCUACGAGUAGGUGAGGAAAACCUACCAGCCUCUCGCAUUCGCUUUAGGGAAAGCUGCGUUUUCUGAUCCUAGAGAAAAACUUAACAAAUAGGGGAUUAUGUGAUGGUUCGGUAGCGCUUGCGAUCCAGCCUUCUUGGAGCACCGAC